UAUUUCAAUAUCCAGCAUUUUAUAUAGUAAAAUAGCCUUAUAAUUAGGUAGAGUCCAAGUGACAAUGGUGACAACUCGCUCGCAGAACAAGACCCACGAGCCAAACUCUGGCGAAAAGCGGUCCCAUAGCGAAGCCACAACAACUACGCAAGCACAAGAGCCAGAGACAAAGCAGAAGAAAACCGAAUCUCAUAAUAGCACCGAGGCAAAUGGAAAUGAAGGCGACGAGAGUGUGUCAAAUUCCAAGAUUCGCCAGUUGAUCUCUCAGUAUGGAGAGCUACCACUUAGCCAGACGGAUUUAUCUGAUCCGGAUAAACCGACCCCAGAUACUGUCCUCGCAUUGCUACUAAAUGCAAUUCUGUCCUCGUCGAGAAUCUCUCAUGCAUUAGCUGCUAAGACUGUCGAUCUAGUGAUCAAGGUUGGAUAUCACAAGCUUGAUGUCUUGAAGAAAAGUAGUUGGGAGGAAAGAACUGAGGUCCUGACUGAAGGCGGUUAUACACACUAUAGAGAAAAGACAGCAACUAUGAUGGGAGACCUUGCUCAACUCGUCGAAGAUAAGUACGAGGGCGAUCUGAACACGAUCCUCAAACUCACUUCCGAGGACCCGACAAAGAUCAGGGCAGAACUCAAGAACAUCAAGGGUUUAGGCGAUGUCGGUAUCAAUAUAUUCUUUGAUACAGCACAGCAUAUCUGGACCUGCCUGGCGCCUUUUAUAGACCCACGAAGCUUGAAGACGGCGAAGGCGAUUGGAAUUGGGGAUGACGUGCACACCUUGUGGACAAAAGUGUCCGAGGACCCGGAACAAAUGUGCAGACUCGCUGUCGCAUUGACAAAGCUGAGGUUGGAUGGGAAAGAGAAAGAGUUUAAAGAUUAAAGUGACUUGGACAUGCAUUCAACUCUAUCUGAAGUUAGUUUAGUGUCUAAUGGUUGUUGGGAAUAGGAGUAUAUUAUAUCCGUACCUUAAAAUGUUAUUGUAUAGGUGUAACGAAUAAGGGUUGAAGAAACACUAA